CUCUCUGUACGUUUUGCAUUACCAAAUACUUUUCCCUAGUAAUAUCAUUACAAAUUAAAGAAGUAGUGAUAAUCUAGUGCUACUUCAUUUGUGAAGCAAGCUAAAGAACAUGGCCUUAUUCGCCAUCUCACAUUCGGUCAUUCUUUCACAUGUUCUGAUUGCUUUAGUUUGUUUCACCAACCCGUGCUUCAGCUUCAGAGCUAAACAUUUCAAUUUGACCACCUCUGCCAUUCACUGGUCGUCUGCUGGAGCUACUUGGUAUGGCAGCCCCGAUGGUGCUGGUAGCGACGGAGGAUCUUGUGGAUAUGGAAAUGCAGUAUCACAAGCCCCAUUCUCUUCCUUGGUAACUGGGAUUGGUCCAUCCCUCUAUAAGUCUGGAAAAGAAUGUGGAGCUUGCUACCAGGUGAAAUGUACAAAGAAGGUGCAUCCAUCGUGCUCGGGGAAAGGAGUAAGGGUGGUGAUAACAGACUUUUGUCCAGGAGGUCCCUGCGUCUCCCAAUCUGCACACUUUGACUUGAGCGGAACUGCAUUUGGUUCUAUGGCCAUUCCUGGACAUGAACACAAACUCCGAGAUGCUGGCGUCUUGCAAAUCCGUUAUGCUAGGGUUGCGUGUGAUUAUUCAAGGAAAAACAUAGUGUUCCACGUUGACCAAGGAUCAAACCCAGAGUACUUCGCAGUGGUAAUAGAGUUUGAAGAAGGAGAUGGUGAUCUUGCAAAAGUUGAACUGAAAGAAACAAAAAGCAGCAGUAGUAGUACUACUAAAUGGAGGAAAAUGCAGCAGUCAUGGGGUGCUGUUUGGAAACUGGAUGCUGGCUCUGAAUUACGCCCUCCCUUUUCCAUCCGACUGACUUCACAAUAUUCUCAUCAGAUUUUGGUGGCCAAGAAUGUCAUUCCCACUGGUUGGCAGCCCGGUGCUACAUACCGCUCUCUCGUCAAUUAUCUUUAAGCGCUGGAGUUCUAUUCACUGACAGUAUUAAACAAAAUAUUUAUGUUGUCGGUGUAUUCACUUAGAUUAUUUUUAAUUAAGUUUCCACGUAUUUGGCUUGGAAGAUAGUAAAAUAUGUAUCCAUACUAUUCCUACUGUUCAACAUCGGCCGGACCAAAUGGUCUCGUGCUAAGAUUAAUAUAUGUAUAGUGUGUUUGUAUGAAUUAGUGUGUGAUUUAAUGGUUCGGUUUC